AUGUCAGGCUUCGCCAGUAUGCCUGUUCUGCAGGAGUUUGGUGCUGGCCUUGCCAACACCACAUUCAUCCGUUUCACUUCAUCGAUACCACACUUCUGUGCCACGUCACAUUGUGAUCCAGGAAUCAUGAGACUGGCCUGCUUAUCCUACGUCUGGUUAGCGUCCAUCUUGGGCAUUGGUUUUCGAGGACCUGCGAUAGCAUCGUCAGCUCCUUGCGUGGACCAGUCUGCCCUAUCAGUGACAGUACUGGGAGGCGUAGUUCACGGAUUCGUCAACAGUACCGAAGAUCCAUGUGUACGCCAGUUUCUGGGAAUCCCUUUUGCCCAACCCCCAGUUGGAAACCUUCGUUUUGCCCCGCCAAAGCCUGCUGCGCCGUUUGGUGAACUCGAGGCCAAGAAGCUUCCUCCAAGUUGCAUCCAAUACCUCGCUACAAGCCCCCCAUCCAUCUUCACCCAGGACGUGAAUGAGUACAACCUCCAGGGUCUCAACACCACCAGCCCCGAUAUCAGCGAGGACUGCCUAACUCUCAGCAUCUGGGCCCCGCCAGCUACCACCAACGACAGUCUCCCCGUCAUCAUCUUCGUCUACGGCGGUGCCUUCCUCACAGGAGGUCAAGACGUUCCCGUCCAAAUCCCCACGGGCUGGGUACAGCGCACAAAGAGCCACAUCGUCGUCACAUUCAACUACCGCCUCAACAUCUUCGGCUUCCCCAACGCCCGCGGCAUCCCUCAAAACGAGCAGAACGUCGGUCUGCUCGACCAACGACUCGCCGUAGAAUGGGUCCAUGACAACAUCGCCGCCUUUGGCGGUGACCCUACACGCAUCACCCUCUGGGGCCAAAGCGCCGGUGCCGUAUCCGUGGGUUACUUCCAAUACGCCUACCCUACGAACCCGAUCGUGAACGCGGUCAUCAUGGACUCGGGCAACGAGCUGACGCCGGUGGCUCAAAACUUCGAUGUUGCCCAUCUCGGUUUCACCAGUAUUGCUGGCAAGGUGGGUUGCGGGAACCUCACGGCGGCCCAGGAGCUGGCGUGUAUGCGCUCUAGCAAUGUCACGGCUGAAGCCAUUGAGAAGGCUUUGCAGACUACUAAUGAGGAGGCGGGGACGGAUAUCACCAAGUUUUUGUUCUUUACGCCGGUGGUGGAUAACAGGACGGUGUUCCCGGAUUAUACGGCGAAAUCGGUGGCGGGGCAGGUCGCCAAUGUUCCAACAAUCCUCGGUAGCAAUGCCCAAGAUGGUCUCGCCUUUGUCAUUCUCAACCGGAACAACACGGUCAACCAAACCGCCGCCUUCGGAGCCACCCUGCACUUCUUCUUCUGCCCAGCUUUCAAAGCAGCCACUAACCGCCUCCUAGCCUCCGUCCCCGUCUUCCGCUACGUAUACUUCGGCAACUUCGCCGACGUCUCGCCCCUCCCCUUUCUAGGCGCCUACCACGGCGCCGAACUCCCCCUCAUCUUCGGUACCUACGACAUCUUUCCCGAAACUUCUACUACGCAGUCGCCGCCGGCUGACGAAAAACUCGAGGUAGCAACGAGCCAUGCGAUCCAGGAUGAUUGGGUGGCUAUUGCAGCCAACGGGGCUGCUGGGCUGGAGAAGAAGAGGGGAUGGCCUUUAUAUGCGAGUGUGGAGGACGGGUUGAUUAGGAUUUAUGGGGUUGCUGCGUCGGCGGGGGAUGUAUGGGGCAUCAGUCUGGGGGGUGUAGGGGGUAUACCGGCUGGGGUGGCGGAUGCGAGGAGGAUUGAGGGGUUGUGUCCUGCGGUUUAUCAGCCGGAGGGGAUGAGGGUUGUUUGAGGAAUGCCCGGGGGAAGGAGAAAGGGAAAGAAAGGAAGGGGGAAGGAAGGUUAAGUAAGUGGUUUGAUGGGAAGGAUGGAUGGAAUGAAGAUUGACGAAGAAAAAAGAGCAAGCGGGGAGUGAGGAGGACAUUGUUACUAGAUGUCCGUUUAUGGCAUGAAUAAAUGAAGAAAUGCAACAAGGUCAAUUAGAUCAAUUAAGAUAGAUACCUCAUCCGCCCCAAA